AUGGCAGAGCCGCAGUACACUGUCUUCAUCAGGGUCCCCGUCCCUCGUCGGGGCUUCGUUGAUCCACCUGCCGUCAGUUGGGACACCGCCAAAGACGACGCUUUGUGGAAGAUUCUCUCUCAGCACGGUGAAAUAGACUGGAACCUAGUAGCCGACCGAUUCGAAGUCCCCGUCGAGUUUCUAGUCCAGCAGGUGGCCUACCUGAACGAACGACACCAAUCGCACACUCUUGCCCAGGUUCGAAAAGCUGCCGCCGCGGCCAAGGGCUCAGCGGCGCAGUCACCCAUACCUGGAGCCGAUCUAGCUGGUGCAGGACAUCUGAGGACGCCGUCGGCCUUGUCUAUCCGUCGCGAUGUGUCCAUGCUACGGAAUGAGAGCGGUAGCGCUGGGCCUGCCAUGAAUGCGCCGGCUCGUCCGGCCAUGUCUCGCAACACCUCGGCGACGACGACGGUCAUGAGGGAUGGCGGCGGCGCUUCACCCAGGAUUGGCAACAGACCCAAUCCCCGAGGCGCUGGGCAAUCUGGGGGGAUACGACUAUCAUCACUGCCCACGCCGUCGCCGGUGCCGACCCCAAGAUCUCCAAAGCUACCCGGGGCUGAAAUCAACAGGAUUGAUUCACCUGGCCCGGCCGAGACGAGCUCGACAACCUCAUCCGACGACGAAUCGCUGCCUGUCCAGUCCCGCAUCAUCCGUCGACCGCCACGACCUCAACAACAAGACUCAUCUCUUGGCUAUCAUGCGGAUGAGGACGAUGAGUCGGAACCUGCGUUUCAACCGUACAAUGCGCCGUCUGCUGACGCAUCGGCGCACGACCUGUCAUCUACAUUGAAGUUGAGGAACCAAGAGGGCCGCAAUCAAUCGAGGCGGACUACAAAGCCAUUUGCAAAGGAGCUCCAUCACUCGCAGACCUCUGACUCGUCAGCGAGCUCCCCUGCCGUGGUGGUGCGGCCAGGCAAGUCGCGAGAGCGCAACAGCGCAGGCCCCUCGUCUCCUCGCCGCAACACAGAGACUCGGAGCUCUCAAGAAAACAGCGAGGGCACGCCUAGCAUCAGCAGCAGCUUCAGUGACUUGGACGGUAUAGUUUUCUGA